AUGGCACCAACUACUUUGCAUCUACGGUCAGAACUUGGAAAGUUGCUUGAGCACCGAGCCGCCCUGACUCCCACGACCACAAAAGCACUCAUUGCUGCGGGAUACCAGGUUCUUGUUGAGCGGAGCCCUCAAAGAAUCUUCGACGACGAGGAAUACGAGAAUGUUGGAGCCACAUUAAUACCGGAGAAUACGUGGCGUGAUGCCCCAAAGGACCACAUCAUCAUUGGCCUCAAGGAGCUACCAGUCGAGACAUUCCCCCUUGAGCAUGUACAUGUCCAAUUUGCCCACUGUUAUAAGCAACAGGCAGGGUGGGAGAAGGUUCUUGGCAGAUUUGUCCGAGGAAAUGGGGUGCUCUUGGACCUCGAAUUCUUGACCGACGCGAGCGGAAGGAGGGUAGCAGCAUUUGGGUAUCACGCUGGUUUUGCUGGUGCAGCUUUAGCUGUCAUGAACUGGGCGUGGCAGAUCAACAAUCCCGACCGGCCACUUCCAUCUGUGUCAUCGUAUCCCAACGUUGACGCUUUGACGACCGACGUCAAGAAGGCUGUCGCACAAGGAGCCGAGAAGACCGGCAGGGCACCAAGAGUGCUUAUCAUUGGAGCCUUAGGGCGUUGUGGCAGUGGUGCAGUUGACCUAUGCUUGAAAGCUGGUGUCCCAACCGAGAACGUCCUCAAGUGGGAUAUGGCAGAGACAGCGAAGGGUGGGCCCUUUCCGGAAAUAGUUGAGAGCGACAUCUUCAUCAACUGCAUUUACCUCAACACCAAGAUCCCCAACUUUGUCGAUCUGCCAUCGCUCGAUACACCGAGUCGCAAGCUGUCCGUGGUCUGUGAUGUUUCCGCCGACACCACAAAUCCAAAUAACCCGAUCCCUAUCUACACGGUAGCGACCACCUUCGAUGAACCUACUGUUUCUGUCGAGGUCAAGGGCGAACCGGCGCUUAGCGUUAUUAGCAUUGAUCAUUUACCAAGUUUGUUGCCCAGGGAGGCAAGUGAGGCCUUCAGUCAUGACCUGUUGCCCCAUUUAUUGGAGCUCAAGAAUUGGAAAAGCAACCCUGUAUGGGCCCGCGCAGAGAAGCUGAUGCAAGAGAAGGUUUCUACUUUACCAAAGAGCGAGUUAUAA